CCGACUGUCGGGUGCCGGGGACUGACUGCUGCGCUGCAUUAGCCAUGGGGCUCACCGCCAGGGAGCUUGUCUCGUCGCUUCUGGGGCUGGGGCUGCUGCUGUGCAGCUGGGGGUGCCCCGGGAGCGCCGAGCGACGGGCCCCGCCGGAUAAGAUCGCAAUUAUUGGAGCUGGAAUUGGUGGCACUUCAGCAGCCUAUUACCUGCGGCAGAAAUUUGGGAAAGAUGUGAAGAUUGAUCUGUUUGAAAGAGGAGAGGUGGGAGGCCGUCUGGCCACCUUGACUGUGCGGGGGCAAGAAUAUGAGGCAGGAGGUUCUGUCAUCCAUCCUUUAAAUCUGCACAUGAAGCGUUUUGUCAAGGACCUGGGUCUCUCUACUGUGCAGAGCUAUGGUGGCCUAAUGGGGGUGUAUAACGGAGAGAGACUGGUGUUUGAGGAGAGCAGCUGGUUUAUAAUUAACAUGAUUAAACUAAUUUGGCAGUAUGGAUUUCAGUCCCUCCGAAUGCACAUGUGGGUAGAGGAUGCAUUAGACAAGUUUAUGAGGAUCUACCGCUACCAAUCUCAUGACUAUGCCUUCAGUAGUGUUGAGAAGUUACUACAUUCUCUAGGAGGGGACGAAUUCCUUGGAAUGCUUAACCGAACACUUCUUGAAACCUUGCAGAAAGCAGGCUUCUCUGAGAAAUUCCUGAAUGAAAUGGUUGCUCCUGUCAUGAGGGUCAAUUUUGGCCAAAGCAUGAACAUCAAUGGUUUUGUGGGGGCAGUGUCAAUGUCCUGUGCUGAUUCUGGCCUUUGGGCAGUAGAAGGUGGUAAUAAACUUGUUUGCUCACGGCUCCUUGAGGCUUCCAAAGGCAACCUUAUACAUGGCUCAGUAAUGUACAUAGAGGAGAAAACAAGAACCAAGCAGAUGGGAAAUCCCACAAAGAUGUAUGAAGUGGUCUACCAAACUGGAUCUGAGACCCGUUCAGACUUCUAUGACAUCGUCUUGGUGGCUACUCCCUUGAAUCGAAAAAUGUCCAAUAUAACUUUUCUCAACUUUGAUCCUCCAAUUGAGGAAUUCCAUCAAUAUUACCAACAUAUAGUGACAACUUUAAUUAAGGGGCAAUUGAAUUCAACAAUUUUUACCUCUAGACACUUAGAUGAGUUUGAUCUCAGUACAAUCUUAACCACUGAUAGUUCAGAUUUGUUCAUUAACAGCAUUGGGAUUGUGUCCUCAGUAAGAGAAAAUAAUCCUCAACCAUCAAAAGGUGGGACAUAUGUUUGGAAGAUCUUUUCCCAAGAAAUUCUUACUAAAGAACAAAUUUUAAAGCUCUUUUUGUCCUACGAUUAUGCUGUGAAGCAGCCGUGGCUGGCAUAUCCUCACUAUAAGCCUCCGGAGAAAUGCCCCCCCAUCGUCCUCCACGAUCGACUGUAUUACCUCAAUGGCAUAGAGUUUGCAGCAAGUGCCAUGGAGAUGAGUGCCAUUGCAGCCCACAAUGCCGCUCUCCUUGCCUAUCACCGCUGGAACGAGCACGCACACAUGAUUGACCAAGAGGACUUAUACGAGAAACUGAAAACUGAACUAUGAAAUAACAUUGUCACUCCCCCCCACCCCCGCCUUGGUUCCGAAUGGAAUAUUAUUGGCAAAAAAGAAUACAAUCUGAGAUGAUUUUGAAGCAGAUGUUUUGCCAUUAUCAUUGUUUAACUGAAGUCAUCCCAGAGAAUCAAGAGAAAAUACAAAGUUCUAAUUAAGUCGGAAAGUAUAAUGCAUUUAUGCCAUCUCCAAAAUUUCUUAACUCUUCUUUUAAUAUCCAUCAAGAUUGUUUCCCAAACUUGUCUGAUCUUAAGAAUCAUGUGGAGUUUGUUAAUCGUAAGAGAUUCUCUUGCUUCUCUGGUUAAUCAGUGGAUCUGGGGGUGGGGCCCUGGAUUUUAAACAAGACUUUAGAGGAUUUUAAGCUGAGCACUUGAGGAAGAAUUUAAAGACGUUAUCUUUUAGUUGGGGACUAGUUCAUUUGCAGUUCAUGGCUGGAUGUGAUCUUCAGAUAGUGAAAACUAUUAUGGAAGCUGGUGUGUUAUGCCUGGCUUUAGUAAUUGAUACCUUUUCCAAGUAAAUCUGCCAUGCCUGAAGCCUUGACUUUCAGAAUGUUCUUUGGAUUCUGUUUCAGUUUUAUUAGGGGUGACAUUUCGAAGUUUUAGUGGUAUAACCUUAAGAUGUCAUAAAAAAUCUCAAGUAAAAUGAAAAGCCAGGCUAUUGAUUUAAAGAAUUGGCAUUCUAUCAUCAAAUCCUCACUUAUGAAGCUUUCACAAAUACUGGUAGAUCCUCACAAAGAUUCUGAUUUAUUGGAUGGAGGAGAGGACCUCAGCAUUGUAGCUUUUUAAAGUUCCUAAUGUUGAGAAUUGCUGAUGUGGGGGUUUAAGAUGUGUUCAAAGGGUUUUCAGUGCCUUUAAAGUCCCAAGAAACCCAAUCCGUUAUUAAAGCAGAUCCAUUUUGCAAAGAAUGAUUUCUCUCAAUGAGAACUCAAGUAGUAAUCUUCAUAGUAAGAAGCAUCGACAGUCUAAUAGCAGAGGCAACUUUGUUUACUCCAGAGCACUUGACAAUAGAGUAGGAUAUUCAGAAUGACACUACGCUUGAUCAAAUCCAGCAUAUGCCCAAACUCCUGAAUGCUUCUAAAGCUACUGUAGCAUUUUGGGUGAGAAAUUCAUUGCUGAAAUCUUUUAAGGUCAUAGUUCUCAAAUUUGGCUGCAAGUUGGAAUCACCUAUAGGACUUUAAAGCUUGCUGAAUGAUUCUAAUAUGCAGCCAAACUUGAGAACCAGUUCUACAUCCACUGUGCAACGAUCAUGAAUGACUGUUCUUAUACUUGUGAAUUCUAAAAGUAACUGCAACCAAGUUAACGUGUCCUGUUAAAAAAAAAAAAAAGUCCUUUACCAGAUUAUGGCAGUAACUACUUUAGCAAAAUGGUCUAAGAGAACAUUGAUUCUUAGUUAAAAUGAUUUCUUCUCUACUACAAUUGUGUAUAUUAAUAUGCUGAUAAAACUGCCAAGAUAGAGUUGAUGUAAAGGCAGGGAUUAAAUUUUGUUUGUCAAAGCGUGAGCUUUUUUCUAAUUUUAUUCUUAACAAGCCUAAGACGCAUUCAAGUUUUUUUCCUUUUGUGGUUUUAAUGAAGACAAUACAGAGAAUGUCAUACUGUGUUAUGUGUAUGUUAAAGAUUGGUAAAUACUAAUGAAAUAAUUUAUUUUCUAUCACUUGUAGACUUUGUUUAGCAAUGGGAUAUAUAUUUUACUUAUAAGAAUAUCAAUUUAAAAUGUUGCUGUUACAUCAAAACUACACUGAUUAAGUUUUCCAACAGGGUAUCUGAAAUUGCUUCCUUAAAGAGCAAAACAGGUUAUCAAUAUAUCUAGCAUAUUAGAUUGUUUGCAAUUACAGUAUUAAAGGGUAAUUUUUUGUUGGAAGAAAAAUACUAUCAGAGCCUGUUUCCUGGUCCAGGAGACCACUCUACUCAUCUUUUUGUAGGAGACACUGGUAAAAAUUAUGCAGGGGCUAACAAAGCUAGCUCUAUUCCAGUGGUUCUCCAGCUUGGGUAUGUAUCACAAUCACCAAGGGCUGGCUGGGCCUCACCCUCAGAAUUUGUUUCAAUAGGUUUGGAGUGGUAUACAAAAAUGUGCAUUUCUAUUAAGUUCCCAGGUGAUGCUCCUGGGCUAGGAACCACAAUUAGAGAACCAGUCUUAUAAUUCAGCUGUGUGUGGCUGCACAAAAUGCAAGCCUGUAAACAUCAGCGAAGAUUUCUUUAGAGAUGAAGAAUGGAAGAAUAAAAAUAUAUAGGAAGUCAUAUCAAUUCUGCUUAUUGUGAUUAAGUUGGUUUUAUCCCUCUAACUGUUCUUUUGCCAUAUUUUCUAUAAAUAGGAAAUACCAUUUUAGAGAUGCCUAUAAGUCAUCCAGUGUGUUCUGUUUUAUACAAGUACCUCACAUACCCACGAGCAGUAUACCCCAUUUUCUACAGUUUUAUUAAAGUGAUUGAUGAUUUGUAUGCUUUUUACCUAUAAUCACAAAAACCAGAUCACAAAAAGAACAGGCCUAAGUAUUUGCUUGGUAAAUUUCUUUUUUUUUUUGAGAAAGAUUAGCUCUGAGCUAAGAUCUGUGCCCAUCUUCCUCUACUUUAUACGUGGGAUGCCUGCCACAGCAUGGCUUGACAAAUGGUGUGUAGGUCCGCACCCAGGAUCUGAACUGGUGGACCCUGGGCUUAACUGCUGCACCACUGGGCCAGCCCCUGUAAGUUUCUUAAGGUUAGGUUUAUGAUACAACCAUCUGUAAAAUAUCUCUCAUCUGAGUUUGUGCACCGUAAAAUUUAUGAGCAAGAUGAGUAUGUUACAGGCAGCAUUAUCACUACCUUCUGUACUCCACAAAGAAUCACAAUACACUGGAAUGUUUUUCUCUGGAACUCUAUUUCUACUGUGGUAUUCAAAAAUUUUUUCCCACUUAACGUUCAAAAUAAACAACUACAUCAUUA